AUGUCAAGAUCUCAUAUUGAUAUAGUUCUCUUUGGCGAGGCACGUAUGUUAAAAGACUACCUUUUUCACUAUGUUUCAGAAGACAGAAUAAUCUAUCUUUGUAUCACAGAUGAUGAUUUUGACAGAAGCAGAGCUUUUUUAUUUUUGAAUGACAUCAAGAGGAAAUUCCAGACUCAGUAUGGCACGCGCUCACAGACAGCUCUGCCAUAUGCAAUGAACAGUGAAUUUUCCAGGGUUUUAGCUGCCCUUAUGAAACACUACAGUGAGAACAGGCAAGCAGGUGCCUCAGCAUCUGGAUACCAGGAUGAGGAAGCAAAUGUAGACAAAGUAGCAAAAGUUCAAGGUCAAGUGGAUGAGCUCAAGGGAAUUAUGGUCAAGAAUAUAGAUAGUAUGGUUUCACGAGGAGAGAGGCUGGAACUGCUUGUCGAUAAAACAGAGGACUUAAGUUCCCAUUCUGUUCAGUUUAGAAAAUCUAGUCAGAAUCUUGCAAGGUCACUGUGGUGGAAGAACGUAAAGAUUACAAUUGUUGUUGCAGUGAUAGCUAUUAUUGUUUUGUACUUGAUUGUAUCAUGGGCUUGCGGGGGAUUGGAUUGGCCGUGUACUAGGAAACAAUGAACAAUUACAGACACAAACUAUUAUUAUAUUAUAUAAUAUUGUUUCAGCUGCCUUCUGGCAGGAUGUGUAUAUUGAGAAGAUUUAUGUUACUGUAUGGGUCAUAAUAUCACCUCAUCUAUUUAAGGUUGGAAGAUCUUAAAGGUGCAUAAAAUAUUGGUUUCAUUAACAUAAUAGAGAACUCUCUCUAUAUUCAUGUUCUCAUGU